AUGGCGGCUACCGCGGUGCGGGCAAGAACGCCGCGGGCCGCGGCACUCGCGGUGGCUGCCGCGGCGGCCGCGUCUGGUUCGGCGCAAGGCCAGGAUGCGACGCCGACACCGCCACCAAUUCGUUACACUUGGUCCAACUGUAGGUGCAAGGUCAACUGGGAAGAGGGUGGCAAGACAUGCAGCGAUGGGUGCUGCAACUUUGAGGACGACGAAUGGGGUAACUACUGCUAUGUGCAGGAUUCUGAGUGUGAGGACUCCGACUGGGGCUACUGCAGGCCAGAGAGUAUGGCGACAGCCGGAUGUACGGACUACCCACCAGACUGGACCGACGCAGACGGCGACGGGUGCUACUCAUACGUGUUCAACGGUUUCUGCACGGCUUCAGGUGGUCACGGCGCGGAGUGGGACGAGGAUUGGGGCGGUUUCGAUGCCUUCACGAUGAACGGGUACGACGCGUCCACUGCCUGCUGCUCCUGCGGGGGCGGCAGCGACACCAACCAGGGGUACAACGACGACCGGUGCGCUGACGCGGAGGGUUGGACGGACAAGGACGGGGACGGCUGUUCUCAGUAUUCCGAGUAUUUCCUUUGCACCGCCGCAGGGCAGCCGGGCAUUGGGUGGCACGAAGAGUGGGGUACGCUCUCCGACUUCAAGGCAGGUGGGAAGAGUGCCAUCGAGGCGUGCUGCGCGUGCGGCGGCGGCUCGAAAGGCGUAUACACUGGCACAUUGUAUACGCCCACGCCCGACGACGACACCGCGGGGGUGGAGGUGCCGAGCGGCGUCGCGUGGGCAGUGGUGUCGGGCCCGUGCAAGAAGGACAGCAGCGACUGCAUCCUGAGUCCGAACUACCCGAAGACCUAUGGGAACAACGAGAAGUGCGUCAUCGGGGUGAACGUCGACAAGAUAUCGUACGUCACCGCCGAGGCGUUCUCCACGGAGUGGGGUUAUGACGUGCUCAAGAUCAACGGCCAGACCUACAGUGGCACCGUGGGCCCAUAUUUCGUCAAGCCAGUGGAAGCCAUCGUCUGGUCAAGCGAUUCGGAGGUUGGUGAGAUGGGGUGGAGGCUCUGCAGGGAGGCGACGCUGACGCCGCCAGCACCCCGGUAUACUUGGUCCAACUGCAAAUGCAAGGUCAACUGGGAAGAGGGUGGCAAGACAUGCAGCGAUGGGUGCUGCAACUUUGAGGACGACGAAUGGGGUGACUACUGCUAUGUUGAGGAUCCGCAGUGUGAGGACUCCGACUGGGGCUACUGCAAGCCAGAGAGUAUGGCGACAUCUGGAUGUACGGACUACCCACCAGACUGGACCGAUUCUGACGGCGACGAUUGCUUCUCAUACGAGUUCAACGAUUUCUGCACGGCUUCAGGUGGUCGCGGCGAGGGCUGGGACAGUACUUUCGGCACGUUCGGGUCCUUCGCGAUGAAUGGGUACGACGCGUCCGCUGCCUGCUGCUCCUGCGGCGGCGGCAGCGACACCAACCAGGGGUACAACGACAACCGGUGCGCUGACGCGGAGGGUUGGACGGACAAGGACGGGGACGGCUGUUCUGCCUACUCUGAAGCUUUCUUCUGUACCGCCGCAGGACAGCCGGGCUUUGGGUGGCACGAAGAGUGGGGUACGCUCUCCGACUUCAAGGCAGGUGGAAAGAGCGCCGUCGAGGCGUGCUGCGCGUGCGGCGGCGGCUCGAAAGGCAUGUACACCAGCACGCAGUAUACGCCUCAACCCAACCCCGACACCGCGGGGGUGGAGGUGCCAAGCGGCGUCGCGUGGGCCGUCGCCUCGGGCCCGUGCACGAAGGACAGUGCCGAGUGGCGUCGCGUGGGCCGUCGCCUCGGGCCCGUGCACGAAGGACCGCAGCGACUGCAUCCUGAGUCCCAACUACCCCAAGGCCUAUGGGAACAACGAGAAGUGCGUCAUCGGGGUGAACGUCGAUGCGAUAACGGACGUCACCGCCGACACGUUCUCCACGGAGUGGGGCUACGACACGCUGAGAAUCAACGGCAUAACCUACAGUGGCACCAUGGGCCCGGUCUCUGUCAAGCCGCUGGGCCCCAUCGUCUGGUCGAGCGACUUCGAGUCGGCACAGAGUGGGUGGCGGCUCUGCCCCCCGGGCGCCGCCCCCUUCGAGGGGCUGGGCGCGUCGGGCAGCGGCUCUAUCCUGUCGAGCGCGUUCGUCGCCAUCGGCAUCCUGACGGUCGUCGCGUGCUGCUGGCGCAGGAUGAGGGGCAAGACGGACACGGGCAUGGGGGAUGGCAUACCCAGAGGCGUGUCGGCAGAGAGGGACCGCAUGGAGGACUGAUUCGGCCUCGCGCUGCCAGCCGUGCCGUCGCGACAGUCGUCGGUCUCGCUGCCUCUUCAUCCUUCUCCUCCUCCACAACCCUCCUGCUUCUCCUCAUCCGCAGCGGAUCGAGGCUGUCCUGUACCCGAGGCCUGAAGGGGGGCCAAAGGCUUUGCAGUCUUUCCCCUCGAUCGGCGUGGUCUCGAGCACGUGGCGCCCUCCCCUGGUGGAUCUGGUGGAGCGCGCUCUGGCCACCCCGAGGGUGA